AGCAUUUUCGUAUAGCUUUUUCUAGAUUCUUUUAGAUUAGAGAUAUACUGAUGCAACUCGUGCGCAAUGCCGCAUAAUUAGCGAAUCACUGAAUUUAACGAUAGCUAUUUGAAGCUAGCUUCGAUCAUCCAGCGUGAGUAAAGACUAUAAUCAGGCAAGCCGGUGGCAACCGAUUGCGCAAUGCGCUCCGCAAUCUGGAGAAGGCAAGCAGAGAACGUCGGUCGGGCGCCGCGAGGAUUUUCGGCGGCGGCCUGAUCGUCUCGGAUUCCUCUGCCGUGACGAUCGCGGAGCAUCUGCGAGCUCUGACAUCACGUCUCGGCUUUGACACGUUGCGAUCUAAUUGGCAGAUCGCAACGCGUAAACGCGCCGCUUCCCCCUCGCUUUUGUCGUUUUUGUCGGCGCGCGCUUUUCGAUCGCGAAAAUAGGAAUGCCGUCACGAUGCGCCGAGCCGGAAUUAAUGUUAAUCGAAACGGGCCACGCGGACGCCCUCCUCCCCCGCACCGCCCCUAUUUAUUCCGUCCGUGAGUCACUGCACCGAAGCACGGUGCCGAAGUACGGUCGAAGUGCUAAUGCCCGACACACCAGCGUUAGCACUUCUCCCGAGCACUCGACACGAUCCAAAUUCUUGCAAGCGUGACGCAACGGGUCCACGCACGUGCUGGCCGUGAUUUAAUUUUAAUACGCGCGCGCGCGCGCGCGAUGACCCUCGUGCGACCGCGAAUCGGCGUGGACGUCCCUUGACAUCCGCCUGAAAAGUGGCGGUUUGUUGGUCGAUAUGAUGAAAAGGGCCACGCAAACGAAGCAGUACGCGGAGUUGGAUCACGCGCUGAGGACGAAGGUCGAACCUUUUUUGUAUAAUAAGGGAAAGGGCAGGUGGAUACCGAUAGAGAAAUUGGUCCUCCUGCGGAACAAAGAUCGUUCGCGGAAUAAAAUGCUGCCACCUUUGAGAAAUAUGGAAAAUCCAGCGGAUUACGACAUCGACAAGGAUAUGGGCGACGAAGAGGUUGACGAGAAAACUAUAGACAAGAGCAAAUACAGAUUCGUGUGCUGGAAUUUGAGCGACAGGGGUGCGGUUGGCGAGACCAUUCUGCACUUGUGUAUGUUAAAUUCCACUGCCAUCCACGCCGAUUUGGCAAAACGACUGCUACGCUUCUAUCCGAUGCUCAUAAACGAUAUUUACCUGUGCGACGAGUAUUACGGAGAAAAUGUGCUGCACAUCGCUAUCGUCAACGAGGACCCAGCGAUGGUCAAGUACCUUCUGGACAGCGGUGCGGACGAUCCACGUAUUAUCCAUGAGAGAUGCUUCGGCACCUUCAUGUGCCCGGAAGAUCAGAAGGCGUCGAGAUUCGACAGUCUGGACCACGAGUGGGUGUGCGUCUCACCGGAAACCGAUUAUAGCGGAUACGUGUACUGGGGAGAGUAUCCGUUGAGCUUCUCCGCGUGCCUUGGCCAGGAAGAGUGCUACAGGCUCAUGCUUGCCAGAGGCGCGGAUCCAGACAAGCAGGACACCAAUGGGAAUACCGUUAUGCACAUGCUGGUGAUAUACGAGAAAGUGACUACGUUCGACAUGGCCUACGAAGUAGGAGCUUCCCUAUCCAUAAGAAACAACCAGAAAAUGACUCCGUUGACUUUGUCGGCAAAGCUGGCUAGGAUCGAGAUGUUCUUCCACAUCCUAAACAUCGAGAGAGAGAUAUACUGGCAAAUUGGUAGCAUAACUUGCGCAGCCUAUCCUUUGUCGCAGAUAGAUACGAUCGACGUUAACACGGGGGAGAUCAACAAAACUUCUGCUCUGAAUUUGGUGGUUUUCGGCGAGAAGGACGAGCAUUUAGAACUGAUGGACGGUGUGUUGGUGGACCUUCUAAACGCCAAGUGGAACACUUUCGUUAAAUUUCGCUUCUACCGUCAGUUCUUCCUCUUCUGUUUCUACUUUGUGCUGUCGGCGAUUAGUUUCACCUUCCGUCCUGGCCCAUCGCAACUAGACGAGAACGUGAACGAUACGUUGUCAACGAGGACAAACUUCAACGUAACCGCGACGGAAAACACGCUUCUCAAGUCGCUACAAAGCUCGGAAUUGUCAGAAUUGGUUACAAAUAGCUUCGCGGCGGCUUUUACCUCGAAUCUCAAGUCAUCCUUGAACAUGACGCAAGAGUCACUGGAGAAAAUCCAGCUGCAAGUGACAUCAAACAUCACAUCGGCUCUGAGGGGCAUUCUGCUUUUAACGCUAAGUGACAAUGAAGACAUCCUGAAUAUCCCCGACGAGACAGCUAUUCACGCACUUUGGUACACCGAUAGUCUCCAAAACAUGUCAGAUUAUUUUCUAAACAGGUAUAAUAAAAGCGAAAUCGACGGGAAUUCGACCACCAAUACAAUCAUCGACAGCACUGAGCUACCAAACUAUGACGAUUCCGACAACUGGUGGAAGAGUCUUACGGAGGAAUGCAGAUUAAUGCAACUGACAACAACUAAGGCGAAAAUUCGUUUGACUGCGGAAAUUUUUAUGGAGAUCGCGGCGGUGCUGUACAUCCUGGCUGCGCUGCGAGAGGCGAGAUUUUUAGGACCCAACAUGUUCAUUGAAAAUCUAAUGACGGCGCCGUCGCGCGUAAUGUUUCUCUUCUCGUGUUGCAUCUUACUAUCGUUUCCGUUUCUGCGAUUAACCUGCGCCGAUGAAGUCGAAGACAUGCUUGCGGUCGUGGUGAUGCUCACGACGGCACCAUACUUCCUGUUCUUCUGCAGAGGCUUCAAGUCGGUCGGUCCGUUCGUCGUGAUGAUCUACAGAAUGAUCAUGGGCGACCUCCUCAGAUUCGUCUCCAUCUACCUCGUUUUCGUCCUAGGAUUCUCUCAAGCGUACUACGUCAUAUUCCUGUCCUUCGACAAUCCGAACACCCCGGAGGGCAUCGACGACUCGGUGACGAACCCGAUGCAGUCGCCGAUGGAGAGCACGAUGGCGAUGUUCCUGAUGAGCAUGACGAAUUUCGGUGACUAUUUCGGCGCGUUCGACAGAACCGAGCACGAGAUCGAGGCCAAGCUGCUGUUCGUGAUAUAUAUGGGGAUCGUGGCGAUCCUGCUCGUAAACAUGUUAAUUGCUAUGAUGGGCAACACUUACCAGAAGAUCGCAGAGACCAGAAAUGAAUGGCAAAGACAAUGGGCACGCAUAGUCUUGGUCGUGGAGAGAGGAGUGAGUCCCGCUGAGAGACUGAAAAAAUUGAUGGACUAUUCCCAGCCGAUGUCCGAUGGUCGCAGAGCGUUGGUUCUCCGAUUACAUCAAACAGAGGAAGACAAGGAGGAGAUGAAGGAAAUACUUGAGAUGAAAAGAACCCACGAAAGACUGCUGAAGAAAAGGCAAAGCAGGAUAUCGAAGGAGAAAAGUCCAUUCGAGGAUGCCAUUAUCACCAAAAAUUGA